AUGAGCGCCUACAAUAACACUUCAUCGGGGACUGGUCUGUGGUUAACCGCCCUGGAGGCGCUCGAUUCGCACUUGAAAGAGAGCCUGGGUGACAUUUUGAAAGUCCAAAAGGGCGAUAUUGUGUCGGCCAUCCUCAAGGAGGCGGAAAGAAAAAAGAAGCUGUGCCUACAGAAGCGUUGGAAAGUUCAAUUGCGCGGCAAGACAAUAGUCCUUCGAGACCUGUUCGACAAGAUCAUCGCAUGGGUGAACCAGUUCAGCGCUGUCGUCGAUGUGGCUGUUCAAUUCGACCCAGGCAGCGCUUCACUCCCAUGGGCUGGUGUGCGAUUUUUGCUGCAUGUGGCCGUGAGCGACCGUCAUUGCUUCGAGUCUACGGUCCAUGGCCUAGAAUCUGUCUCGCUUUUGAUCGCUCGCUACGCGGCCUUUGAGGCACUCUACCUGCAAAGGGGAUCUGCCAUUCAAGCGGACCUGCAGCGUGGACUGACUGGUCUAUAUACACGAAUCCUCACUUUUCUGGCCCAUGGAAUUCAAUGUUUCGGUCAGCCGGCAGCAAAACGUAUGGUAAAGAGCGUGUUUGGAACGUCUCAGAUCGAGGAGAUCGAUCAAAUCGCAAAGCUAGACGAAGAAAUCAUCAGCCCAAUAUGUCGCCUAGUCGAUGCCUCAAUGACGUAUGCGAAGACGCUAGAGGAGAAGAAAUUUCGCGCUAUUAUAGACUGGCUGUCCUCUGUUCCUUAUACUCAUCACCAAAAGCGACAUUCCGAGGGUCGACUGUCAAAUUCAGGCCAGUGGCUAUUUUGCCAUCCGCAAUAUACAGAAUGGAAAGGGUCAAGCUCAUCGUCCAUAUUUCUGCUGUAUGGAAUUCCAGGGUCUGGGAAGACCUGUCUCACAUCAGCCGUUGUGGACAAUUACCUACGUGAGCACACUUUGAACUCUCUUAGUGCACCGAUGGCCUACUUCUACUGCGGAGAUAGCCGGUUGGGCCGUUCUUGGGCAGAUCCGGACGAAGUGAUGCGAUCUCUCACUCGACAGUUUGCUAUUGUCGAUAGAGAAAGGCUCAAGGUGCAUGAAUCGAUUACCCUUGAGUACGCACGCAGAGAGGCGGAGGCCAAAUUAGAUGGCUUUGAGAAGCCGAGGCUCCGGGCCACCGAGUGUACCGACCUGAUUCUGAACAUCCUAGGUGCAAAUCCAGCCGUAAUUAUAGUUGACGGAGUCGACGAAGUUGAAGAGCACCGAAGACAUGAGUUGCUUAAUGAGCUAAUUAGAAUCCGAGACGAAUCUGCAAGCGUGGUGAAAGUAUUCCUCUCUAGUCGAGAAAAUAGCAAUGUGAUGGCAGUUCUGCAAGAUGCUUCAAUGCUUCGCGUGCAGGACACGGAUACUCGCCAGGAUAUGGAAGUCUUUGUUGAGCACUGUGUGUCAACUUCUAUCUCGGCCAGGAACCUCCUUGAUGGAAACGUUUCGGAUGACCUACGACACAAGCUAACCCAGUUUCUGCUGAACCGAGCUGGAGAAAUGUUUCUGUGGGUGCAGCUUCAAUUGGAACUGCUAUGCAAAUUGAGAUCAGCAAGUAGCGUUUCGGAGGCUUUAAAUGCUGUUCCAAAAAGCUCAGCUAGCAUCGAUCACCUGUACUCGGACAUCCUUGGAAAGCUCGCACAGGCAGAUUCUUUGACAUAUAAAAUCGCAGCCAGGGCCUUCUCCUGGUUGCUUUGUAUGCGUGAACCCCUUUCAUGCACUGCGUUCGUUGCUGCGGUGUCUAGCAGAACUCCCGAGGACCACAUAAUAAGUUUGUCAGAGCUUCUGUCUAUUUGCUCGAACCUGAUUACUGUGGAUAACCAACUGGACACUUUGCGCUUUGCGCACGUUUCAUUCAAGGAGUUCUUGGAGACCAAGCCUGAGUUCGCUAAGCCGAGUGCGAACAGAGUCGCUGCGCUAAGCUGCCUCAAUACAUGCAUUUACGUUUUACCUAUCGAGAUCGGAACUGUGCUGCUUCCAAGUCAGGAUUAUCAUCAGUACGCCGUUCUCUAUUGGGCUCAACAUUAUACGGCAUCAGGCAUAGCCGACAGUGAACAAGCGGCUGAAGAGCUGGAAGAGUUUAUUCUCAACGACGACGGACUUGCCUUCCAGCUCUGGCUGGAGGCUGCCAAUGAUGCAUCUGCGCUCCUUCUCACUGGUAAUUAUCUAAAGAAAGAGCUUAACGCCGCGAUGAGCAAAUCACAAUCGGCUUUUUUCACUGCCUGCAUUUAUGGGUUGAAGUCCAUUUUCGACACUUCAGUGCAGAGUCCCACCUUUAACGCUGAUAUGACCAAUUUGCAAGGCCAUACCGGACUGUACCUUGCCGCAGCGUAUGGUAACCAUGAUUUGGUGGAUGCUCUUCUCGGCUUAGGCGCAGAUCCGGGUGUUUCACGAGGAAAGUGGGAAGACCCAUUAUCUGCUGCAUGUGCUAGUGGUCAUUCCUUGGUGGCCACCAUUCUUCUCAAUCAAGAGACGUAUUACGAUACCAUGAAGAUCGAGCCUGCUCUUAGAACAUGUUUCAUGACAGGCCAGGAAGGUCUCUGCAAGCUACUACUCAAGAGCUACUUACAAAGCCCAUGUAACGAGUCCGAGGUCGACCGGAAGGACAACAACUGGCUUUUGGAAGCCGCUGCUCAAGCUGGCUUUUCCGGGGUCAUGGAGGAAUUGGUGAAAUUCUCACCUAAGAACUCUACGAACCAUCUAAAGAAGAAUUCUCCGAAAUUUGUGACUGCCGUCAUUCGAAAAGGACAGGUUACCUUCAUCAGAAAGCUGCUCAAGGAGAGCUCACUGCCCGCUGAUAUAGUAGCUACCGCCGCCCUUUUUGGAAAUAUUGAGAUCAUCAAUUUGUGUCUAGACAAGGGCUACGACAUUGAGAAAGAAGGACCAUUUGGCACUCCCCUCAGGUCUGCAAGCCUGAUGGGCCAUGAGAACGCUGUGCGCAACCUCUUGUCUCGGGGUGCAGCUGUCAACUUUGUAACACCAUUGGGGGAUGCACUUCAAGCCGCAGCAAUGAAAGGCCACCUGUCCGUCACGAAUAUCCUGAUUCAGUUCCACGCCAAUGUCCACAAUCAAGGCGGCUUUUUUGGAAAUGCCCUGCAAGCUGCUGCCUAUCGCGGCCACCUUGACGUGGCUGAGGCUCUUCUGAGUGCUGGCGCAUCUAUAGACACAAAGGGCCGAUACAAAGACGCAUUCCAUGCCGCAGCUGAAGGUGGUCAAGGUGGAGUUAUUGGUUACUUCCUUGAAAGGGGAUACACCUUUUUGAUUGAUAGAUUGUUACACGGCACGGCACAGGCAUCAAGGGUCCCACGGAGCAGGUUUAAAGAUGUCCUGCGCUGUGCAUCGCCAAGCUUUCGCGGUUAUUCUCAGCGUCCCCGGCAAGUUUUCGCUAAUCAACAACGCCCAGAAGCUUUCGUCUCCAGCUUCGAGGAUAUUCUCGGCUACAGCGGAGAUUUACCUGUCUCUCACAAUGAUAUACCAGAGUCAAUUUACGAACGUAGAGCACGUCACGGUCGUGGCAUGCGUGGCGAAAGAGACUAUUAUGCAUUGGAAGUUGCAGCCUCGGGUGGCCACUUGGAGGUAGUUGAGCGACUUCUUGCCAACAGGGAGAGGCUUGGAAUGGGAGCCUCUCAUUUAGGACAAGCACUCUUGGCUGCGUGUACACACGGUCACAUCAAAAUGGUCGAUUCCAUCACAUCUGUGGAGGUUGACUUACGCCAUUAUGUUCGCGAGACUCUAGAGAUCGCAUCUAGCCGCGGAUACGGGGAGAUCAUGGAGAUUCUCAUUCAAUACGAAGGGAAAUGGAGCCUUCCGAGCAAUGGGAGCCCUGAAAGAGCUUCCAAGUGUGAUAGCUCCCAAAAGGAUCACAGACUCCAGUUUGAUGGCUCUAUUGAAUUUCCCCACACACUUCCGCUGGCGCUGGCUGGCUGCCGAGGUGGUCAACUACCUAGUGUCAAGCGAGGGCUUCGCUUGGCAACCCAGUUUGAGAUCCAGAAUAUCCGCGAGCUUUGUCUGGCGGAGGCAGCUCGAUUUGGCGAAUCCGAUAUUGUUGACUCUUUGCUUGAGAGCGAUGUUCCAUUUUCGUCCGAGUCUUUGGUAAAAGCAAUGCAUACUGCUGCAGAAAAUGGUUCUAAGUCAUCGCUGGCACUUCUCGUCGGCAGAAAUGGCGAUAAGGAAGAUCUCGGGGAUUGCUAUGCUGCGUGCCUGGAGAUGGCGGUGUUGAAUGGUCAUGUUGAGGUUGUGGAGUACUUAUUGACUGAGAGCGCAAGACCAUGGUCUCCUGAGAUACUCCAGAAGGAAUUUGUCAAUGCUUCCCGCGAAGGAUCCCUUUCAAUCAUGAUAUCACUAGCAGAGAGGAUCCAGAAACAUGAAGCAUACCCACUGCUUCUCACUCAGGCAUUGAAUGCUGUCUGCGCAGCUGGCCAAAAGGAAGGUGCUCAGUGGCUGAUAAAUGCUGGGGCUGACAUUGAUGUGAUGGUUAAUGAGAAACCUGAGCUCUUGGCCAAGUCCCAGAAGAAGCAGCUUAGAUCCUCUCGUAAGAGGUAUCGGUAUCAUUCCCAUGAGAAGUGGCCAAGGACGGCGUUACAGGCGUGUCUUCAGUCUAUCCCAGAUUCAGACGACACGCAGAUACGCUCACUAGAAUUCGUCAUCAACCUGUUGCUGGAGCAUGGCGCUGAUGUCAACCAAACACUAGAUGGCAAAAUGACUGCUCUGCAUGUUGCGGUACAGAAUUUCUCGGUGGAGACGGUUCGGACAAUGAUCGCCAAAGGCGCAGACCUGAAUAUCGAUGUCCCAGGAAAGGGCACCCCGUUACAACUGACCGCAGAGAGAGAAUUGAAUGCGCUACCCAUUGUGCACGCAUUGCUCGAGUUUGGGGCUAUCAUUGGGUCAUUCGACGACGCGCAGCAGCAAUGGAAGUCUGUACUGGACGCAUCACUGAACUUCUUUGGACCUGAUCCGCGGUCACCUUUUUAUUCCGGGCGUCCCAAUACCGGUUGCUUCACUGAGUCAGAGUCGGUGCAAGACGUUUUGUCGACUGGCCCAGGGGCAGUGAUCAUGCAUGUUUUACUGUCUCGACCGGAAAUCCGCACUUUGGGCAAACGAUUCAGUCUGUUGCUACAAAUGCUUGCAACAAGUGGGGAGAUCGAUUCCAUCGAGCUUCUUCUUGAUAGAGGGACUGAUGUCAAUUCAUGCGGACAUUAUUACGGCUGUGCCCUGCAAGCGGCGGCCCGGUUUGGACACCUUGAAUGCGUGCAGUUUCUCCUUGACGCAAAUGCAGAAGUCAACACGAUAAUGGUGCUCAUGGAACUCCCCUCCAAGCAGCAAUUAUUGGAGGACAUCAAGAAAUUGUUGCUUCUGAAACAACUUCUCAAUGCUGGCGCCAAGCCCGAGAAUGGAACCGCCAUUCUGCACUUGGCUGUGGAAGCAAAGGAUCUUGAGACCACCAAGCUACUCUUGCUAGCUGGGGCUAAUAUAGACUCCGGAGUCUCAGACCAUUCACCUGCCUUGAUUACAGCAUGCUCUAAUGGAGACAUGGAAAUGGUGCAGGCUCUUCUAACGAGAGGGGCAAAUGUGAAUAUACGGGGAACCAAACGCCAGUAUUCGAGUGAUGAUGUCGCCAGCGGUUUACAUGCAGCCUGUUACCAGGGCUACAUUGACAUUGCUCAAGUUCUGUUGAAUCAUGGGGCUGAUGUGAACAUAAGGGCUGAAGAUGGUAAAACUCCACUUGGGCUCGCUGCUUCGAAGGGCAUCAUGAACGCAAUUGAGUUGUUGCUUCGAUCAGGUGCGAUCCUCUACAAUCGGCUCACUGAUAUCAACGUGCUCCGAGAUGCGGCGAAGGGAAGAGCUCCCCGAAGAGCGAUAAAUCCUCUCGUGCAAGCUCUUUCGAACGCCCCUGAAUUGGGCUCAGCGUGCGAGGAAGCCAUCGAAUUUGCUGCUCGGCGGGGAGAUAAGAAGCUAUUUCUUUUUCUUCUUGAUCAUGUUCCAAAGACCUCUCGUACGCUCAACUUAGCUUGCCGUUUGGGAUGCACUGAUGCGGUCAGGGAGAUCCUGUCUUAUGGGAUUAAGGUUGACAGCGAAAUGGAGAAUGAUGAGGGAGCACUCCAUACAGCAUUGUAUCAUCUGCGAGUGGACCUGGCCUUGUUCCUCAUUGGAGAAGGUGCCGAUGUGCGGCAUGUGAGCACCAAAUUUGGGGCACCAGUUAGUGCCGUCUUUGAAGGGCUCUUGGCUUCCAAAUCCAUGCCAGAGGAGCCGUUCCUAACGUUCCUCUUUCCGUGGCAAUGGAAUGAUGAGAGUCUAUCUGAUCUUCUUCCACAGAAUGUAUUGGAGGGCUUUGGAGAGCCGAUCUCUGAUAACGAGUCAGAGUCGGAAGAGGAAGAGAGGUCGCACAGAGAAGUUUUCAGUUUCAGUCGGAUCACAUUGGCUAGAAACCGAAGGCAUGCAUCCUCCAGAACCUUGGUUGAUAUCCUCUUGCAAGCGGGUGCCGAGGUCAAUCCUCCAGCCACCGCAAUCGGUACACCGCUCGAAAUCGCCUCCUACAUUGGAGAUAUGUGGAUGAUCGACGUUUUAGUGAAGCACGGCGCCAACUUAAACUUCGUUGGGGGGGAACUCGGAUCACCCUUGAUUGCGUCCAUGAAAGGCGGGCAGGAAAAGGUCUUUCUGAAUCUCCUAGACCGGGGUAUCGACGUGAACAUACCCUCAAGCAGAUUUGGAACAGCCUUGCUUUACGCUUGUCAGUACGGAGACCUCAAGAAAAUCCAGGUCCUUCUUGAGCAUGGUGCCGAUCCCAAUGCCAAUGGCUGUGAGGGACAAAGUGCAAUAGGAACAAUUCUUUCGAGCAAUACCCUCCGUGAUGAGAACCGACGACAAGCUGUGGAUGUUAUUCUGAAGUAUAGCAAAUGUCUGAAAAUCAACAGUCUCGCGGAUGUGGCUUUAGCAUUGAAAUUGCUAUCGUACUCGAACAAAGGAAUUUUGGAGACGCUUUACCGGUACGACAAGGGUCUUCCUGUCACCCAAGACGUGAUAGCCGGAGUUGUUGCAUCUACGGGCGGGUCCAAUUCAACAGGAGGCCUGGAAAUGCUUCUUGGGCGCGCCAAGGACGUUGAAAUUACUGCCGAAAUUCUUAAGUCUGUUCCAAAUCCCAGGAUUCUCGAGAUCUUGCUCCAACAUGAACUUCGCUGCGAGAUUACACCGGACAUAUUCGAGACACUAGCCAGACACCGUCUUUUGGGGCGAGAUAUGGUCAAAGUCCUGCUCGAUCAAGAACCCAAAGCUUUGCCCACGUCGAAUGUAGUUGUCUCGGUCCUGAAGUCCUUUGGUGAGGAUUCCACAGAUGUCAUGAACACUCUGCAGUCAGUCCUUGAUCGCAAUCCAAGUAUUUCGGUAUCCGAAGCUAUGGUCACUGCUUGCAUGAAUGCAGAUUACCUUCGAAUUCUGCUAUCUCACGACUCUCAGUUCCGAAUCUCCUCUGAGUUCCUGGAAACUUUGACUUCAGAUGGACGGGUUGAUGCUGAUAGUUUGAAGUUGAUGUUGGAACAUGAUGAAAAGCUGCGGGUUAGCCAAGCGAGUUUGAAUGCUUGUUUGGAGGACGAAUUGGCAGACUGUGUAGAGCUGAUUCUGGGAAACAAUCCGGAUCUCAUCAUACCCAGGAGCUUGCGUUGGAUUUAA